AUGGUAGAGCCGCAGACGGCGGUGCGUGUAUAUGCCGGCAGUUCCCCGUCGCUCUCGCUCGCUAACAUGAUUGGGCACAAACGCACUGAACAGUUUACGAAUGAAGUCGGUGGACACGCCGGACUCCUGCGGCUCCUCAACGUCCACUGUGAGGAUUCCCCAAUAGGGCCCAGUACUAGAAAUAUUACUCCUACUAGUAAUAAUAAUAAUAAUAAUAAUAAUAAUAAUAAUAAUAAUAAUAAUAAUAAUAAUAAUAGUGGUGGUCUGACGGUUGGGGAUGCUGGUGUUUGUGUUGGAAUGCGAGGCGGUGUGUUGGCCACAAGUGUACGGGAACGUCAAGAUAUUUAUGGUGCCAAUAGACUUCCACGUAUAAAAAAUAAAAGUGUUUGGCAUUUUGCAAAAGAGUCUGUGGAGGAGGAUAGAAUACUGCAACUACUAAUUGCUUCAGCAAUUCUCUCCAUCAUCCUUGGCCUCACUACACCAGAUUACAGAGAGGGGAAAGUAGAUGUGAGUACGGGAUGGGUGGAGGGAGCUGCGAUAUUUGUUUCUGUAUUCAUUGUGGUAACAUUAAGUGCAUUAAAUAAUUAUAAAAAACAAGAACAGUUUUCUCGUGUGGUGGAACGUGAAGAUCAAACACGUCGUCGUAUUCUUGUAUGGCGAUAUGAGAUGGAAUCUGGUUCUAAUAAAACUGUACUGAAGGCAAUGGAAAUUCGAAGUGAAGAUAUUGUAGUAGGAGAUGUUGUACAAAUAUCUCCAGGAAUGGAACUCUCUUUUGAUGCUAUUUUAUUUGAUAAUCGACAUGUUGUAUGUGAUGAGUGUAAUGUAACAGGAGAAAGUGAAGAAGUGAUAAAGGAUUUACAUAAUGAUCCUUUUCUUAUUAGUGGUUCUAGUAUACUAGAUGGAUCAUCUGAUGCCGUGGCAGUUGUGUGCGCUGUUGGAGAAAAUAGUUUCUCUGGAGAAAUUGCCAUGACCAUUCAAGAAACAGAAAAGAAAAAUACACCUUUACAAGAUCAACUGGAAGUAAUGGCAGAACGUAUCGGAAAAUUUGGUUUAGCCGCAGCUAUUUUAACCUUUGUAGCACUCUUCUUAAAGGAAACAUACUUUGUCAUAGUGUAUGGAAGUCCAUUUUUUGCUAUGAAAUUCUUUGAAAAUCUUACUACUGCUAUUGCUAUUGUUGUGGUAGCUGUACCUGAGGGAUUACCACUUUCUGUAGCGAUUUCACUUGCAUACUCUAUGCGAAGAAUGUUACAAGAUGGAAAUCUUGUUCGACAUUUAGCCGCUUGUGAAACCAUGGGAGGAGCUACAGUAUUUUGUACAGAUAAAACAGGAACUAUUACAUGUCCUAAUAUGAAAUUAACUUGUGUUUACUAUGAAGGUCAUAGUUAUGAACGAAAAGAUGAUCAUCGUAGUGGAAUUCGUCAUGGAUCAGAUGUUUUAUUAACACCUUCUUCCAUGAAGUCGGCGAUGAAAUUAAUGGAGUGUAUAUCGGCAAAUGCAUUAGAUCCUGAAUUAGGUCGACCACGUAAUAAAACGGCUGAAGCAUUAAUGCAAGUAGAAUCUAAUAUUUCUCUUAUGGAUGAAAAAGGAUAUUUUUCUUCUUUUUCCUAUGAUGUCAAUCCUUUAUUAACAGUUAUGCGUAAUACAUCACUUUGUACUCGUUUUCCAUUUAGUUCACUUCAAAAAAUGAGUACAACUGUCAUUAAACUUCAAAAUGGUGUAUUACGUGAAUAUGUAAGUGGUGCCCCUGAAAUUGUACUUAAUAAAUGUCAAAAUAUUGUCAUUGGAGAUGAAAUUUUUGAACCUUUAACAAUAGAGCGUCGUUCUAUUUUAGAUAAUGUGUUACGUUCCUAUGCUCAAGCAGGAUUACGUACGGUUUGUUGUGCUUAUGGAGAUAUGAUGUCUACAGGACCUGAUAUGCCGCUUAUACCACCUAAUACUCCAUUAAAUUUCUUAGCUUUUAUUGCAUUAGAAGAAGUGAUUCGUCCAGAAGUACCAAGAUCUAUUGAAGCCUGUUCUCGAGCUGGAUUACGAGUUAUUAUGAUUACAGGUGAUGCUGUUCUUACCGCUAUUAAUAUUGCUUAUAGAUGUGGUUUAAUGAAAGUUUUAGAUAAUUUUGAAAAUUGUAUCUCUCCAGAAAAUCAAAGAUACCCUUCAUCUUCUACUGCAGAAAUAUUAAUAAAAGAUGGAUAUGUCAUGGAUGGAUCCCUUUUUCGUAAUUUAUCUGAUGAAGAUUUACUUAAUCGUUAUAUAGGAAGAAUAUGUGUUUUAGCUCGAGCUACACCUUUAGAUAAGAAACGAGUAUUACAACUUUUAAAACGAUAUGAUCCUUUAGCUGUUGUCGCGGUAACAGGUGAUGGUACAAAUGAUGCUCCAGCGUUAAAAUUAAGUGAUGUUGGAUUUGCCAUGAAUAGUGGAAGUGAUGUCGCUAAACGAGCUUCAGAUAUUGUACUCUUAAAUGAUAAUUUUGCUGGUAUGGUAAAAGCUACUAUGUGGGGUCGUAAUGUAAAGGAUAAUAUUCGUAAAUUUUUACAAUUUCAACUCACAGUGAAUUUUGUAGCUUGUAUUGUUUCUUUCUUUGGUGCUCUUAUGAAUGAACAAAAUCUUUCACCAUUAAAACCGGUACAGUUACUAUGGAUUAAUCUUAUUAUGGAUACAUUAGCGGCUUUAGCAUUGGCAACAGAGUUACCAUCGGAGUCUACACUUCUUUCACGGCCUCCGGAGUCACGUGAUGCACCUGUGAUUCUUCCUAUUAUGUGGUUUCAAGUCUUUACACAAGGUAGUUUUCAAUUAAUCUCACAAUUAUAUUUUCUAGCGGCUGGUCAUCGAUUUUUUCGUGUGGAAAGUCAUUCCGAUCGUUCCUCCUCAUCUACUCAACAUUAUCCAUUUAUAGAGUAUUUUGGAUCAAAACAUCUUUGUAUUACAUUUAAUAUAUUUGUACUACUGCAGGUGAUGAAUUUCUUUAAUGCUCGAUUAUUGGAUCGAAAUGAAAAAUUUUUCGGACGAUGGGGAGAUAGUGCACCUUUAUUUAUUAUUGUUUCCACCAUUGUAUUUUUACAAAUUUGUAUCGUUCAAUAUGGUGGACGAUUCAUGUCAACAGUUCCAUUAAACUUUCAUGAAUGGAUGUUUUGUAUAUUGUAUGCGAGUGGAAGUCUUUUUGUAGGAGCCCUCUCACGAUGGUGGUGGUGGAACUUUGGGGCUUCUACUGGUUUACGGGAUGGUGUUUGGUCCAUGGGAAGACGGUGGGGUAGACUUCGCGGUGAGUGGAGUAAAAUGAGUGGAGAGAAGUGCAGAGAUUAA